GUGAUGGCUAUAGAGCACCUGCUAAUAAAUGGAGCAAAAGCUAAUGAACAAGACUCUGAGGGCCGGACUCCGCUACAUCUAGCCUCAUUAAAUUCAAAUAUUGGUCAGGUCUGUCUCCUCCUCAAGCAUCGUGUUGGCCUCAACCAGACUGACAAUGAAGGUCAUAAGGCCAUUGACUUGGCUUUGGAGAGCUCUGAACCAGAUGUGGUCACAUUGCUACGAGUGGCCAGCCUGAGCGAGCAUAUAGACCGAGAUGGUGGUGGCGAGGAUAAUAACAUGCUCAGUGAUUUUUUGCGUGAUUUCCAAGAAAAGAUGGUGAACCAGGGUCACAAUCGCUCACGGCAGAAUGAUGCCAUGCCAAACUAGGCGGCAUCACUACCUCUUCACAUGUGAAAAGGAGAUACAUAUACAUGUAUAUAUACAUAUAUAUACAUAUAUAUACAUAUAUAUA